AUGUCUAUGUCUCGUAUUGAUCUCAAUUAUUAUUUAUUACUAGAUACGCAGUCAAGGUACCAAGUUUCGAGCAUGGACGCGGCGGCGGGACUCGGUGCGAAUGGGGCGUUGUUGAGAAUUGAGCCCGUUAAAGCGCAGCGAGAUGAAGCCACCUACGAGUGCAUGGCUGAAAACGGAGUUGGAGACGCCGUCACCGCUGUCGCGACCCUCACCGUGUUCGAAGCUGACAAACUGCCGCCGGGUUUUCCGACUGUUGCGCAACCACCGUCUACGAUGGUCGUGGAAGUCGGCCACACGGCAACGCUGCCAUGCCAGGCGAGUGGAAGCCCUACCCCCAGGGUACGCUGGCUUUGGAACUCGUUGCCUUUGGAUGUCGCCUCUAAUCCAAGAUAUGCGUUGCUCAACGACAAAAUGCAUGGUACUUUACAAAUAGUGAAGAGCGAGGAAGAAGAUCAGGGCAAGUUCGAAUGCGUCGCAGAAAAUUCAAUUGGAACAGAAUUCUCCAAGCCCAUUUCGUUAUAUGUAAAAGUGAGACGAGUGGCGCCUCAAUUUUCGAUACCGCCACCCCCGAAAACGGAGGUCAUGCUCGGUGGCAAUCUGACCCUGAAAUGUGUCGCGUUUGGGUCACCGAUGCCGACCGUCAAAUGGAGAAAAGGUCUGACGAAAUGGUUAACACCAGAAGAUAACCCUCCUCUUGGUGUUAAUACGCUAAUACUGGAAGACAUCAGAGAGUCCGCGAACUACACCUGCGAAGCGGCGAGCGUACUCGGCGUCAUCGAGGCCACGGCGGAGGUUAAAGUACAAUCAUUACCGGGAGCGCCGACUGAAGUGAGAGCAUCAGAGAUUACGGCUACAACUGUUCGAUUAGCCUGGACUUACAACGGGCCCGAAGAACCCCAGUACUAUGUCAUACAGUACAAACCGAAAUACGCAAAUCAAGCGUUCAGCGAAAUUUCCGGUGUUAUUACUCAGUACUAUUCGGUGACGAAUCUGUCUCCAUACACCGAAUAUGAGAUGUAUGUUAUCGCAGUUAACAACAUUGGUAGAGGGUCGCCUUCCGCGCCGGCAGUCAUCACGACAGGAGAAACAGUGGACUCUUUGUAUGGAGGUGCCAAACCCGGAUCAGCGCCAAGGAAUGUUCAAGUUCGUCCGCUCAGCUCCAGCACUAUGGUCAUACAGUGGGAGGAGCCGGAGACACCUAACGGUCAAGUGACGGGCUAUAAGAUAUAUUAUACCACGGAUCCUUCACAACCUCUGCAGUCAUGGAACUCCCAGAUGUUGGACAACAGCCACUUGACGACGAUAAACGAACUGACGCCGCACACAGUGUACACGAUACGCGUCCAAGCAUUCACGUCGGUCGGGCCCGGUCCAGUGUCGGCACCCGUGCAAGUGAAAACCCAGCAAGGUGUACCAUCACAACCUUCAAACUUGGUUGCGGUAGAAGCGGGCGAAACAUCAGUGACUCUGCAAUGGAAGCAACCAGCCCAUGCUGGAGAUCAUAUCGUCUCUUACGAGCUCUACUGGAACGAUACUUACGCCAAGGAACAUCACAGAAAACGGAUACAAAACACGGAAACCUACACACUGAACGGACUGUACCCUAACACCCUGUAUUACAUCUGGCUAGCGGCACGGUCACAGCGCGGCGAAGGAGCCACCACGCCACCUAUCGCCGUACGAACGAAACAAUAUGUUCCUGGCGCACCGCCGAUGAAUGUGACGGCGGUGGCGAUAUCGCCGACCGCGAUCCGGGUGUCGUGGCAGCCGCCACCCGCCGAAAGGGCGAACGGUCGCAUCGCGUACUACAAGCUGCUUUGUGUGGAAUCGGGACGAGGCGACUCUGAGGCGACGGUCGUGAGACUCAACCAGACCUCGUUCGUACUGGACGAGCUCCGCCGCUGGACGGAAUACCGCGUGUGGGUUCUUGCCGGCACCAGCGUGGGCGACGGGCCCGCCUCCUACCCGGUCACCGUCCGCACGCAUGAGGACGUGCCUGGUGAGCCUCAAGACGUUAAGGUUACAGCCAUCAAUUCUACGACGUUACAUGUCACAUGGAAGCCUCCGCAAGAAAAAGAAAAGAAUGGUAUUAUAAGAGGUUAUCACGUCCACGUGCAAGAAAUGCGUGAAGAGGGCAAAGGAUUACUAAACGAUCCUAUGCGUUUUAACGUAAUGGAUGACACGAAGCUGGAACUCAAUGUGUCAGGCUUGCAACCAGAUACACGGUACAGCGUACAAGUAGCCGCGCUGACUCGCAAGGGUGACGGUGACCGAAGUCCUCCCGUGACAAUAAAAACCCCUGGUGGUGUGCCAAAUAGACCUACUGUUAACCUCAAAGUACUGGAGCGAGACCCGAUAGUUUCAAUAGAAUUAGAAUGGGCCAAACCGACGCAAACCUACGGCGAUUUGCUUGGCUAUCGAUUAAGAUAUGGUAUAAAAGGCCAUCCACUACAAGAAGAAAAUUUUGCCGGGACUAAAGUUACAUCAUAUAGAGUUACAGAUAUGGAAAGAGGUGUCCAGUAUGAAUUUAGACUUGCAGGGAGAAACCAUAUCGGCGUGGGUCAGGAAAAUGUUAAAUAUUGGCUCACACCAGAAGGAGCACCAAAGGGGCCACCAACGAAUGUUACAUAUCACUUUCAAACUCCUGAUAUUAUCAGUAUUACAUGGGAACCUCCAGUCAGAGCUGAUCGAAGCGGGCAGAUAAAAAAAUAUGAUAUACAAUUUUAUAAAAGAGGCGACCAGUCAUCACUUGUAGAAAAAACAACGGAACUAACUAAAGCCGUUUUCACUGGCUUAGAAGAGGAUGCGCAUUACGUUUUCAAAGUUAGAGCUUACACGGAUCAAGGAGCAGGACCGUACAGUAAAGACGUAACAGCCCACACUGAAAGGGAUAUUGGAAGAGCGCCUAUGGCUGUAAAAGCUGUUGCAACAUCGGAAUCGGGUAUUGAAGUCUGGUGGGAUCCUGUUCCCUCAAGAAGAAAAAUAAUUGGAUACGUUAUUUUCUACACUAUGACGCCAGUGGAAGAUUUAGACGAAUGGCAUCAAAAAACAGUUCAUGUAACACAUUCUGCAGAUAUAGGAAAUUUGGAAAAGUUUGCUGAAUAUGCAGUUGCAGUAGCCGCGAAAACGGCCGAUGGUUUAGGAAGAUUAUCGGAAAAAGUUACAGUUAAAGUGAGGCCAGAAGAAGUACCUUUGCACCUAAGGGCUCAAGACGUGUCUACACACUCCAUGACGCUCUCAUGGUCACCACCGUUACGCUUAAAUCCUGUUAGUUAUAAAAUUUCGUAUAACGCUAUCAAGGAGUUUGUUGACUCGCUUGGAAUGACUCAGACACAAGAGAUUCCUAAAAGAGAAAUUAUUGUAAAGCACGACAGAACGUCGUAUUCAAUAAAUGAUCUCUCACCGUUUACAACGUAUAAUGUCAAUGUCAGUGCCAUACCUAAUGACGAUUCGUAUAGACCGCCGACCAAAAUUACCGUAACAACACAAAUGGCGGCACCUAAGCCAAUGGUUAAACCCGAUUUCUACGGCGUUGUUGAAAACGAAAUCCUUGUUAUUCUACCUCAGGCAUCAGAAGAGUAUGGUCCUAUUUCACAUUAUUACCUAGUUGUAGUUCCUGAUGACAAAGCUCACAAUCACAAACACCCUGAUCAAUUUCUAACUGAAGAGUUAAUUAAGAAUAACGCUAGAACAGACGAUGAAAACGCUCCGUAUAUUGCUGCUAAAUUCCUACAAAGAAAUAUUUUGUAUACUUUUCACCUUGGUAAUGACGAACUAUAUGAAGGAUUUCUCAACAGAAAAUUAAAUCCAACCAAAAAAUACAGAGUUUUCGUUAGAGCUGUCGUAGACACACCUCAAAAGCAUCUAUAUACUUCUAGUCCGUUUUCGGAAUACCUAUCGUUAGAUAUGCGUGAAGCACCUCCAGGAGAGGAACCAAGUCGACCUGAUCCCAAAGAUAUGAAUGGAGAUCCAGAAAUAAGAAUUGAAGAGAACAGGAAGGAAGCUGGAAUGCUUUGGGUUAUUGGUCCCAUAAUUGCAGCGUUAAUGCUUUCACUUUGUUUAGUAUUAUUGUUUAUAAUGAAACGUCGCCGACAGCCAUGUAAAACACCCGAUCAAGCUGCUGUAACUAGACCGCUGAUGUCAGCUGAUGUUGGUUUCGGUGCACCAUCUGAUCCAGUCGAAAUGAGGCGGUUAAAUUUCCAAACUCCUGCAAUGAUUUCUCACCCACCUAUUCCUAUAUCGGAACUCGCUGAUCACAUUGAUAGGCUUAAAGCUAAUGAUAACCUUAAAUUCUCUCAGGAAUACGAAAGUAUCGAACCUGGCCAACAAUUUACAUGGGAUCAUUCGAACAUGGAAGUUAAUAAACCUAAAAACCGAUAUGCAAAUGUUAUUGCUUAUGAUCACAGCCGUGUUAUACUGCAACCAAUUGAUGGAAUACUUGGAAGUGAUUACAUCAACGCCAAUUAUUGUGAUGGUUAUCGUAAACAUAACGCAUACGUUGCGACUCAAGGUCCUCUUCAGGAAACCUUAGCUGAUUUCUGGCGAAUGUGUUGGGAAUUACGAACUGCUACCAUUGUUAUGAUGACUAAGUUGGAAGAACGAACUCGAAUCAAAUGCGACCAAUACUGGCCAAGUAGAGGUAGCGAAACGUACGGUAUGAUGACUGUGACAAUUGCAGAAGUCCAGGAACUAGCUACCUAUUGCAUCCGUACGUUUCAACUUACACGGAAUGGUGGAACUGAGCGUAGGGAGAUAAAGCAACUACAAUUUACUGCUUGGCCGGAUCACGGUGUUCCUGACCAUCCAGCGCCCUUCUUGCAAUUCUUACGGCGUGUACGCGCCUUGAAUCCACCGGACGCUGGACCGUUAGUUGUUCAUUGCUCCGCUGGUGUAGGUCGUACCGGUUGCUUCAUCGUCAUAGAUUCCAUGCUGGAAAGAGCCAGACACGAACGAACUGUUGAUAUCUACGGUCACGUAACCUGCCUCCGAGCUCAACGCAACUACAUGGUUCAAACGGAAGACCAAUAUAUCUUUAUCCACGACGCGUUAUUAGAGGCUGUUAUCUGCGGUGAUACGGAAGUGCCGGCUCGUAAUCUACACGCACAUAUACAAAAACUCAUGCGCGUCGAUACUAUUGAGAAUAUAAAUGGGAUGGAACUGGAGUUCAAGAAACUAGCGAAUAUGAAAGCCGAUUCCAGCCGCUUCGUCUCUGCCAGUUUGCCUUGUAAUAAGCACAAGAAUAGGCUGGUUCACAUUUUGCCUUUCGAAUCCACUCGCGUCUGCCUCACUCCUCGUGAUGGGUCUGAUUACAUUAACGCUUCCUUUGUCGACGGAUAUAGAUACAGGGCUGCUUAUAUUGCAACUCAGGGUCCUUUGCCUGACACAACGGACGAUUUCUGGCGAAUGCUCUGGGAGCAUAAUUCAACAAUCAUUGUUAUGCUGACAAAAUUGAAGGAAAUGGGCAGAGAGAAAUGCCACCAAUACUGGCCAUCUGACCGCUCUGUUCGCUACCAAUGCUUUGUGGUUGAUCCGAUCGCUGAGUACAACAUGCCUCAGUAUAUCUUGAGGGAAUUCAAGGUUACGGACGCGCGUGACGGUGCUUCGCGAACAGUACGCCAGUUCCAAUUCACGGACUGGCCCGAACAGGGCGUGCCGAAGAGCGGCGAAGGCUUCAUCGACUUUCUGGGCCAAGUGCACAAGACUAAAGAGCAGUUUGGACAGGACGGACCGAUCACCGUUCACUGCAGCGCGGGCGUGGGGCGCACGGGCGUGUUCAUCACGCUGUCGACGGUGCUGGAGCGCAUGCAGUACGAGGGCGUGCUCGACGUGUUCCAGACCGUGCGCACGCUGCGCACGCAGCGCCCCGCCAUGGUGCAGACCGAGGACCAGUACGAAUUCUGCUACCGCGCAGCGUUGGAGUACCUCGGCUCUUUCGACCACUACGUCAACUGA